AUGUUGGCGUCUACUAUAUUCAAACGAUCGCUUUCGAAGAGUGCUAUCAAGUGGAUCGUGAGCGGAGCGUAUAACAAUAAUCUCCAGCGCAAGUCAGCCAUCGAAGAAGCCAUCGUCAAGUAUGCUGCCGAUAAUGGCAUCGAUGCCCGUGGGGCAGUAGACGGGUCCGCCGAGGUCCGAGGCACUGAACAUGCGGGAACAGCCAGGCCAGAUGGAACCUGGAACCCCAAUGAACCCAACCACGUCACGGUCAAUUUCAAGAAGAGUGAUGGCUCGCACAUUACAACCAGGCAUGUCUAUAUCUAA